CUCGGCUCUGGGGCCCGGAGCUGCCUAGCCCCGGAGCUCCGGGCCUCGGUUCCACCCGCCGCCCGCGCCGCCGCGCUGCUGCGAACAAUGAGGCGCGCGACGAGGGGCUGAGAGCAGCCCCGUGCCGGACCGAGGCGGAGUCCCGCGCCGCUGCAGCCUGCCGCCCAGGGCGACCAGCCCCGGCCCCGGGGAGGCGGUUUGCAGGCCGCCCGGGACAGCAGUGCGGGUCUCUCCGGGCUCCCAACGUGGCACCAGGAGGCUGCUUGGAGGCGGCUACCAGCGGGAGAAUCUGAGCUGCGCGCUGGGCGUCUGCAGCCCCCAAGUCCCGCGGCGCGCGCUGGACGCGCCCGACCAGGGCCCCUCUCCGGCGGGCGUCCGUGGGAGCGUGGGAGCGCUUGGCGCGCGCGCCCGAGCGGCUGCUAGAGAAUAAAAUGUGACACGCACGGCUCCGACUCCAGCGCCGCGCGGCCGACGAGCGGGGGUCGGGCGCUUCCAGGCGCGCGGCGUCCGGAGAAGGUUCCACCUCCCACCGCUCUGGGACACAGGGUGGCGGCCCCACAGACCUGCCAUGAAACCACACUUGAAGCAAUGGAGACAGGGAAUGCUUUGCGGAAUAUUUGCCUGGGGACUCCUCUUCGUGGUGAUUUUCGUUUACUUCACAGACAGCAACCCUGCUGAGCCCGUGCCCAGCUCCUUAACCUUCCUUGAGACGCGGAGGCUCCUGCCAGUGCAGGGCAAACAGCGGGCCAUCAUGGGUGCCCUGCAGGAGUCCUCCCCGCCCGACAGCGGCGGCGCGAACAGGGGGCUGCCCGCGUCCGGCCCCUUUCCCGCUGAGCCGGGUGCCCUGCAGAAGUGGGCCCUGGUGCAAGAGGGGCUUGAAGAUGAAGACGAGUUUUUCGCAGCCCAGAUCGGGAGAAAAUCGCAAAGUGCUUUCUACCCGGAGGAGGAUGACUACUUUUUCGCUGCCGGUCAGCCCGGGUCGCAGAGCCACACUCAGCGCACGUGGGCAGCCCCUCCCCCGGGGAAGGCCGGCUCUCAGGAGGGUGCUUGGCUGGCCGAGCAGACCCGGCGUGGGCGAACAAGCCGAAGGCCGCAGAAGCAGGGCCGGCGCCACGUGACCGAGGAUGGCAACGAAGCGGAGCAGCUGUACUCCCCCAUGUCCAGGGCCUUCCUGCAGCGGCUCUGGAGCGGCGACGUGUCCUCCAGGAUGUUGGCCCCGCGCCUGCAGAAAGCCAUGCGCGACUACGUGAGCGCCAACAAGCACGGGGUGCGCUUCCGCGGGCGGCGCACGCCAGGGCGGAGCCGCACCCAGCUGAUGUGCGCGCUGCAGCACCGAGUGCGCGUGCGCACGCUGGACGGCCGCGAGGCUCCCUUUGCGGCGCUUGGCUGGCGCGAGCUGGUACCCGCUGUGCCCCUGCGCCGCCUGCUCACGCGCGGCCUGCGCAGCUGCGCCGUAGUCACAUCGGCCGGCGCCAUCCUCAACUCCUCGCUGGGGGAGGAGAUAGAUUCUCAUGAUGCAGUUUUGAGAUUUAACUCAGCUCCUACACAUGGCUAUGAGAAAGACGUCGGAAAUAAAACCACGCUGCGCAUCAUUAAUUCCCAGAUAUUGACCAACCCCCACCAUCACUUCAUCGACAGUUCAUUGUAUAAGGAUGUGAUUUUGGUGGCCUGGGACCCUGCUCCUUAUUCUGCAAAUCUGAACCUGUGGUACAAGAAGCCAGAUUACAACCUGUUCACUCCAUAUGUUCAGCAUCGUCAGAAAAACCCAAACCAGCCAUUUUACAUUCUUCAUCCUAAAUUCAUAUGGGAGCUUUGGGACAUUAUCCAGGAGAACACCAAGGAGAAGAUCCAGCCCAACCCACCGUCUUCUGGCUUCAUCGGAAUCCUGCUCAUGAUGUCCGUGUGCGGUGAGGUGCACGUGUACGAGUACCUGCCAUCCAUCCGGCAGACGGAGCUGUGCCACUACCACGAGCUGUACUACGAUGCGGCCUGCACGCUGGGCGCCUACCACCCACUGCUCUAUGAGAAGCUCCUGGUGCAGCGCCUGAACACGGGCGCCCAGGCCGACCUGCGCCGCAAGGGCAAGGUGGUCCUGCCGGGGCUCCGCGCCGCGCGCUGCCCCACGCCCAGCCCCGCGGAGCCGCGCACCUGAACAGGGACCCCCGAGAAACAAUGUGCAAUAAGGUACUACUGCUGUGCUCAGAGUCAAAAGGAUACUUGAAGAUAAAUUUUAGGCAGUGUAGUCUUCAGUCUUUAAACUGUAAUUCAGCGGUAGCCUCAAGAAUUCUUUCUAAACCUUUGAGUAUUUGUUACUGCUUUGAAUAGAGGCAUGAGAUUAAAAGGAAAAGCGCUCAAGAAAGAUGCAAAAAAAUAGCUGGGAAGAUGCAAAUGUAUAACAAAUGGAUGCUCUACCUCCAAAAAUACUACCCUUGUGCUGUGAGCACCUUAUCAGGCAGGGCUGGCUUCAGCUCCAGGUUUCAGUGAUGUACCAGAUACUGAAGUAGGUUAAAAACACCCAGGUCAAGGUACAGUGUCUGUGACAUCCAGUGUGUCAUUGUAUAGGAGUUCAUUGUUAAAGAUCCGGGGGUUUAUGGCUUGCCACUCAAAAGUGUUUGUUGUAACAGCACAGAUGCCCAGUUAUCUAUCCUGUGAUGUGCACGUGGUUCCACACCGUGGCAGCACCCUUCUCUGUUUCCUUUUGCCUACUGAAUGCUUUGCUCUUUGUGUAUUGGGACACAUUCCUAAAACCAUAAAGCAUCCAUCUUUGAGCAGUCCAAGAAAAGAGCCAGCUCUGGAAUAGCACGACAGGAGACCCUUGUUUUUCCCACAUGAUUUCCUUAUUGGACUAGAAACACGUUGUCCCCCACGUGGGGAGGAACACCACUGGAAGGUGAAUGCAGGUGGUGAUCCUGGCCGCAUGCUCCCAGCUCCUGCUUUUCCACCUGUACCUCCUCCCCGCUGGUCCUGCCCACAGCCCUCUUGUGUCCCAGCCCAGUGACAGUGAUGAGACCCCUGUGGGGAGGGCUCCUUCUAAUCUAGAAGGAAGGGCUGCAGAGCAGCUAUCCUGUGCUUCUGGGAUGCACACCUAUCUUUCUUAGACGGAUUUCUUGCAGGUUAAUGUCAAUUACUGAGAAUCCGACAGUCAUGUACUGGACUUUGACUAAUUCCUCCUGAACACAGCAUUUAGCUGUCCCUUCCUUGUUUUCAGAUGUUCUUUAUGUCAGCAACAUAACAAAGCCAUACACUGAAGUAAAAUUGUGUGAAAGCAUCACUGUUUAACAAUGAGGAAAAUGCUUCUAUGCUUCACAGGGAAAGGAAACAAGAGGGAAGGUUGUCAUCAAACAUGUUGGCUGUAUUCAGUUUUGUCUUCAUUUUUUUUAAGCUCAACUUUUGUCACUGGUAUACUGGAGAAAGGUUUUUUGCUAUGAAUGUAGUGAAACAAACAUUUUGAAAUACCUAAAGUAAACAUACUAUUUCAAUAUAUAACCAAAACCUAUUUCAGUGGUACAGUUUAGAGUUUAGUUGCUUAAUUCUUUUCUCCCUUGCAAGUGUGCGAGUUUUAGGAGAGUUCAGUGGAAAAGCUUUUUGCUCCAGGAUCAUUCUUUCUUGAGUGCUUUCAAGGCCACUUUCCUGAGCAAGAAUGAUUUACAGAAACUGACGGCUUCUGUUUGGUUAGUUGGCUCUGCAGAAACUGGGUUGGGUAACAGACAUCUCCCAUGGCUUAUUAGAAGAGUGAAAUAGGGUAAUUGAGAUGUUUUAAUGAUGGUGAUCUCCACAAAAGCCCAUUUUGAGAGCUAUGUCUCUGGGCCUACAAAAAGAGAAGGAGAGCUGUGCCCUGCACAUUAUGUAUGAGCAGACAUGGUCAGGCCACUUCUGUUUCUGAUUUCGUGAGAGAGUGGGGCCUUGUCCCACAUUCAGGGAGUAAUGGGUUCAGGGAGUAAUGGGUUCAGGGCCUCUGGGCACUGGCAAGGUAGCUUGGAUGCAGAUUAGCAGCCUCCUGCAGCCUUGGUCCUCCUGGACCUCACAGGCUCUGCCUUCAAAUGCCCGUGACAUCGCAGUUCCUCUGACAGUGGGCUUCCUUACUGACAUCCUUAUCAUUCAGGACAGUACCCUUUGGCGACAUGAGAACUUGGUUAGAGGAAAAUGUAUAGGGUCAAUAUAAAUAUUCAAGUUCAAAAGCCCCAUAAAAUACUUCAAAGAUUUUCAAAUAACAUUUUGUUGUAUUGCAUGUACUUGUAAAAAGUACUUUCAGUCUUGCUGGGUUACAAAAAAGCUUAAAGGAAAUUUAAUUAAACCUUUUGAAUUUAUUACAGCCUUAAAGACUCUUGGGUAUCAGGGUUUGUUAAACAUUCAGAAAAUGUGGUAUGCAUAUUAAUAUAGCAUGGGCUAGGCAUUCUAUUUAAAGUUUAAAUUGUUUAGCCUCUCAAAAAUAUUAGGCAGUUGUACUUAACACAAUGACUGCUUCUAGUAUUAGCAAAAUUGGUCCUAAGUGGCAGUAGUUUGCCAGACAAUAAGUCCUUACAUGCUACAUUUACUGAACUGUAGUAAAUACACAGCCUUUCUGUGGAGGAGUUAAUAAUAAAUGCUGACCGCCUGUCUCCCAAGCUCUGUCCCUUCCAAACCCUCCGUCUGCUUCUGUGAAGGGAUGCUGAUAAAACCCUUAUGGUGCAAACUGAAGCCUUUAGGUGUCUCUUUGUUCACUCUCAGGACUAACAGAGAUCACAUGGCUUUCCAUUUCAAGAUAAUUUCACCUAUCUCCUUUGUUUUCAGUUAUUGUUAUCACAAAGAAACAAAUGUUGACCAAGAAUGAAAGCUUAUCCUCAGCUAGAUCUCCCUAACCAGUUUCCCCAGUCCCUGCCCUUAGGUGCAGGGUGAGGGAGGCAGGUGCAUCCUUCUCCAUCCCCAUGGAGUGCCAGUUCUGGCCCCACCGAGUCCUUGCCACACUGCCUUUAUCAAGAACUUUGUGCAGAGGCCAGGAGACAGCAAGUAAAACUUGCAUGUAUGCGUCAUGCAGCAUCAGGGGCGCAUCAAAGCGGCCAAGUGUGGGAUGUUUGCACAUCUUUCAGUCAGUGGGUCUUGCCUUGUCUGCAAGGUGCAGAACUCAAGGCACCUUGCUCCAGUCCCAGCACUUCACAGUGUGCUGUGCCCUUAUCUUGCCCACACAUAAUCCAAGCUGGGCUCUUCCGGAAUCACCUGCCACUGUGACCAGAGCAUCUAAUUAUCAUUUUCAAAACUGGGAAAUAAAAGUAAUUGUCUGAAGUUACCAGGGGGUUGCUUAUUACAUGUUUAUGUGCCAGUUCAUUCUGGUGGAGUAGAUUAAUAUCUCAUGUUGGCUGAUCCCUCAGGGUAGGAACACUUACAUACAUACACUGAAUUAAUUAGGUCCUGCUUGGCUGCAGAAAGUGAGGUCAGUCUCAUGUGAGUAAUGGUGGUGAGGAAAGAGUUUUGUGUGUGCACAUCACAUGAUGAAAAUCCUCUCUCCAGAAGCUCUUAGAGAUCAAUACACACAGCAUGUUGGAGGCUAGUGGCCAGAAUGACAUGGUCCCAUUUCUGCUUAGCUGUGGGGUGAGUCAGAGAGAUGGAGGUGGGGGAUUCUUGAGAAUAUGCAGUACAUGCCAUCUGAGUACAUGCAUCAUACUGUGUUUCGACCUCUCACUUUAUGACAGUUUAGAAUUUUUACCCAAUGGUUAAACCACUCAUAGAGGCAGUAUAUUUAGAAAUUAAUAGAUAAAAAUGUACCUGAGUUCAAACUUGUUUUUUAUACCCUGGAUAAUCUUGUGAAAAUACUCUGCAUGUUUCUGUCACUCAGGCAUUAUUUACAUGACUGGUAAAUGAAAGUUAUUCCUCUGUCAAUUCAAGGAUAAAAUGUAAGUUCUGAUUCUUGUUUUACUAAAUGAAUGAAGCCUUUAAGUAAGAGAAAAUAAUCUGCACAUUCCUCUACAAGCUUGGAAUAAUAGAACUUAAAGAAUUAGACAUUGAUAUAGUUCUCACUCUCGUGUACAUGUAGAUAUAGUUAUAUAAUUGUAUAUAUACAUAUCUACACACAGGGUUUUAUAUUCUUUUAUCAUCAAAUUUUAUUUCUGCAACCUUUACAAUAAAUUUCAUUUUAAUUACAUAAGCCAAUUUUUUUUAAAGGAAGGAAGAAAAUGUUAUAUGUCCUUCUGUUAAAAAAAAAAAUAAGUCUUCCCACACACUCAUAGUCUGUGCAUAUCCUGGCUAUGUUAAAAAGUAUGGCAGAAAUGUUCAAUGGCACUGUGAAGGAAGAUGCACUACUUGCGUUGAAUCCUAGUCAGAAGCCUACUUUCAGUCUGUGCUUCAGUUGAGAAGGUUGUCUAGCUCAUGGCUUCUGUAGUUCAGGGGAAGAAACAUUUGUUGGUUCUGUGGGAAAUGGUCUUAAUGGGUAUGUUUCAAACAGAUUAACUGUGUUGGUAGUGUUAAAACCGAGCAUUUGUGAUACCACACAUCCUGCAUUACUCUAGAUAAAAUACUUAAGAAUUUUUCUGGUGGAAUCCAGUGAACUUUUUUAACAGCUUUGGGAAUUCUUUUGUAUACUAAUUUUUAAAGUGAAAUGUGUACUCUUCAAACAAAUUAAGGCUUUUUGAGGUUUUUCCAGGAGUCACAUUUUAGAAGUGUUUGUACACAUUUUAACACUUUGAUAUUUUCUAUUUUGAUUUUGUAUAUUUUUAUGUAUACACAGUGUACAGACUUUUUUCUUGUAAAUAAAACAUGUUUUCAUUUGUCUAUAAGUUUCUCUGUUUCAAUU